AUGGCGGAGCAACAACAACUGCAGCUGCUCUCGGAAGCACUGCAGAAGUUUCAAGAUGAUCUCCAAUCCGCGCUAGAAGCCCGCCAGAAACUCGAGGCGCAGCAGUCCGAGAACGAGGCAGUCAAAUCCGAGUUCGACACCCUCAGCGACGGUGCCGGCAUCUACAAGCUCGUUGGACCUGUUUUGCUCAAGCAAGAGCGCACUGAGGCAGUGAGUGCCGUGGAUGGGCGGCUGGAGUAUAUUGGGAAGGAGAUUGAGCGGACUGAAGAGAGGAUCAAGGAUUUGCAGGGUGCGAGCGACAACAAGAGGGUCGAGUUGAUGCAGUUGCAGCAGAAAAUGCAGCAGCAGCAGGGACAGGUGGCGGGUUGA